CUUCAGUGUAAACGGAAAUGUAAAGUGACCAAGAACAAUUACCACCUUAGCGUUUUCAUUGUUGUUAUUUAGACUUUUAUUAAAACCCUGGAACUCAAACUAUGACUCAUUUAACUGCACAGCAUCACAUACUUAGGUAGUGUUUCAUUCGCGUUGAGGACUUGGUUGAUAGAUGUUAUCUAGGUAACGUUAGCUACCUAGCUGCUAACAAUGGCUGACUGUAUGGUUUUUCACACUGAAAUAGCCUCCAUUAUGGAGGUUCUAGCGAAUGCAGCCGUGGCUGACAUCUGUAAACUCGUAGACGACGACUAUGCAGUGUUUCGUUUGGAAAUUUCUCAAAGCCAAAAAGAAAACCGGGCAUUGCGGAGGAAACUACAGCUACUCGAACUGAAGGUGGCACGGGAGCGCGUCCUCGCCAUUCGUCCCAGUAGUGUCAAGAUCCUCGACCGAUACAGAGGAAUGGCAAGAGGACAGCUCCCUGGAGGCCACAGGAGCUUUGUGAAGCCAGCAGGACACAAUACAUGGAUAGAUGACCAACCAGAUGCUGUUGAUGAGGGGUGUGGAACCUCAACCCAGCACAUUAUCGUGAUAGAGUCUGCAGAGGAUGCAGGUCCUGGGGUCAAGCAGCACAGGUCUGAAGGAGAGGGCCCAAUGCAAAGUGGAGACAUCCAGACUGGAGUGGCUGGUGCACCCUAUGAAGCCAUGGAGGACCCCACCACCUCUGCGCCCCAGCCCAGGACCCAACGCAGCAUCACGGAGGAGGAGGAGGGUCCAGAGAUGCUGCUGGUGAAGGAGGAGGGGUGUGAGGUGGGUCUGGGGAACCCUGAGGGGACCAUGGUCAUGGAGGACAACCAGACUACACCUCCUGAACCCACAGAGGAACCAGCUGAGCAGCACAGGACCACACACAGUCUCACUGAGUCAGUAGACAUGGAGGAUGGGAAGCCUGAUCUGCUGCUGGUCAAAGAGGAGACAAUAGAAGACGGACCAGAGAGCAUUGAUCUGCUGAGUGAACUAAAGAUGGGGGAGCAAGGUGGUUGGCUGGAGGCUAACAGAGGAGACAGAGGAGACUGGGCGACCAUCUUGGAUUACCAGACCCAGACCGGUGCAGCCAAGGGCCUAAGGGACAACAUCACUGAGCAGGCCAGGACCAGAGGCGACAUAGUGGAGUCAGUAGACAUGGAGGAUGGGAAGCCUGAUCUGUUGUUGGUCAAAGAGGAGACAGUAGAAGACAGACCAGAAAACAUUAAUCUGCUGAGUGGACUAAAGAUGGGGGAGAAAAGUGGAUGGCUGAAGGCUAACACAGGAGACUGGGAAGCCAUCUCGGAUUCCCAGACCCAGACCGGUGCAGGCAAGGACCCAGGGGACAACAUCACUGAGCAGGCCAGGACCAGAGGUGACAUAGUGGAGGUCAGUGGAUGGGACAGCGUCCUCAACUCUGGGCUGGUGAACAACAUUGUUGACCCCUACCAGAAACAGACAGUCGAACACAAAACAACAUCCAAACUCAUUUUCCAUGACAACAGACUGGCUGAGACGAAGGCGAGACUUAGAUUUGGUCUGCGGGGAUGGGGAGGUGUCCGUAUGCAGCUGGAGAGAACCGAUACAGACUCUGCUAGCGAUGCUCCAUCCUGCUCCUAUAGUUGUGAUUCAAAAAGACUGAUUGCGCCUCAGGUUAACCCCUUAACAGGUGCUGCCUUCAGCCUGCCUCCUAUAGGAUCUAUCAACUGGAAUAUGGACCCUGCCACAACACAGACACUCCCUGGCUUUCAUCCUUCACACACUCUCCCUAUGUUUAACCAGACCUCAGACAAUGCCAGUGCCUCAACACUAAAUGGCUACACAAGCCUAUUGACAAAUGACAGUCGUAGUAAUGCUAUCAGCAGAUCUGGUGGCAAAGAGAAGCGCUUUCCAUGUUCAUUCUGUGGGAAAGCCUUCAGCUUCCCCAAACAGGUGGAAAUCCACCAGAGGAUGCACACAGGGGAGAAACCUUUCGGCUGCCAUCUGUGUCGGGCGAGUUUCUCCCACUCCUCCAAGCUGAAGAGGCACCAGAGGGUCCACACAGGGGAGAAACCAUAUAGCUGCCCCCAGUGUGAGAAGAGGUUCUCCCACCAGCACCACUUGAAGAGGCACCUGAAGGUCCACAUGGGAGAGAGGCAGUUUGCCUGUAUGCACUGAAAAUAUAGAACUAGUUAGAUUGUAAUGAAUUCUGUUGGAUUUAGAUGUAUAGGAAAGUGGAUGAUGUGAAUUAAGGAUGAUGAGGCGGAGUAGAUGAUUAUGGUGAUGGUGUCUGUAAAAAUGCUUUGUCCCUUUAGGUUGAUACUGCUUUAUAGUGAGAUAAUGACAGUGCCUUAAUUCAUGUAUACGUGACGUGAAAUAGUGAAGCUGUGUGUAAUGUAAUUUUGAACCUUUUCCAAAGUAUUCAAAUUAAUGUUAUCAUUUAUCGUUUUGUGCAAUAAAAGUAAUGUAGUUCACAGUUGACUAUAUGACCAUUUUGUUUAAAUUAAAUACAAAACUGACUCUG